AUGGCUGGUGCCAGUGAGGAAGGAGUGCAUGUGGAGGAUAAUCCAUCCGCGCAGGAGCCUCGUAAACGAGGGCUGAGUGGUUCGAUGUCGCUGCGCACGCGAAAGUUGGGAAGGCGACUAUCCCGUAGCAUGUCUAUAGUGGCGCUAAAACUACCUGAGAAGGCGCAGAGCAUUACCCGCACAUCAACAAAACUGAUGCGAUCAGGCAGUCGUGAUAAAAAGAACAGAUCUUUUGAGCUCUCUAUUAUACUUCCGGAUAAAACUCAGAGACAGGUGACAGUAUGGGGCAACAAUACUGUUGCAGAGGUCGUAUGUGAGACUCUACAUGAAGUGGGCGUAGUCCUUGCUGGGUUACCAACUGGACCUCUCUCGGCUCCCUUAACUCUACCUUUGUCAGAGCCUCUACCACCUCCAGAGAUGACGACUGCACCACCUACUGCUUUACUUUUUCUCGGAGGAUCGAAAGCACCAGUUGAGCCGCGAGCGUCUGCAAUGUCUUUAGAAGGAGAAGUGUUGGUAGUGGAACAUGAACCACCACAAUGGGAUGGCAAGGAUCUUGAAGUUUUUCUUAAAUGGGAAAGGAUUUAUGCAUCAACCUUGUUUUCUGCCCUUGAACUCUACGGAAAACCACUUCUACGAGCAUCAGUAAUCAAUAAAGAAGAAUAUCAUCUACUCUUCUAUUAUUUAGAAUCUGUUUCUGAAGCAAGUGACGCUUUAACGCAAAGAAUGAGAAAAUAUAUAGAUUCAGGAUUAAUCAAAAGUAAGAUGGAUGAUGAAAACUGUGAAAAUGCGCUUGAAAAUAAAAAUGUUGAUAUUGAAGAUCGUUCUAAAAGUUUACUUACGGAACUUAUUCAAGAAGGAAUAAUUUCGCAGCAUGACAUUGAUUUAUCUUCUGUGAUAACGAGUUCCGAAUGUAACGAAGAAAUUAUUAUUAAUAACAAAUUGGAUGACGAUAAUCGUUCUAGUUCUUCGUCCGUAUGUUCAGCAUUGCGCAAAAUUAUAGUUGACAUUCCAGUUGACAACUGCGAGUCAAUUGCAGACGACUCUAUCAUAGAGAGUAGUGACAAUAUAACGACUGUCACAAUAAGAAGUGGAGGACAAUGUUGUGCUGAUCAUAGGAUAUCUGCAGACAUUACAGAUAAUGUAUGGUCUAACGUUAGGUGGGAUUUUCUAAACCCCGCUGAUUUUGGAUAUGACCAGGUUCCAAGUGUUAAACGAAGUCGAUCCGAUUCCGCAAUAACUCCCAUAGCUAGACGACGUAACGAAGAGAUAUAUGAAACGCUACGUGAUGGUGACGAUGAAUCCUGUGGAAGUAUGACUCCGUAUGAAUCAAUUGAAGACCUUUAUGAUUGCAUAAAGAAUACAGUUUAUAAUAAUAUUGCUGCUGAGGAAUCUUCGCCCUCAACAGAAUAUCAAUCUGAACCGCAAUAUCAGGACUACUACGAAAAGUCGAGUACCACUCGACAAAGUUCAGCGAGUAGCGAUAAAAGCACUUCAUCUGUAUUCCCAUUUUCAAAGUGUGGUUCAAGUGAUUCGACAGGAGCCUACACGUCUUGCGAGUCAACGAGUGGGGUCAGUUCAUUUAUCCCGAAGAAUAUUCCUGAAACUUUGAAGUGUCGUGAAUUACCUCCUCCACCGGUCGAUGGUGAUUUAAAUGAAAGUAGUAUAUUACUAAGGCAGCUUUUUAUGGGUGAAUUGUUAGAUGCGUAUGGAGAAUAUCUGUCGGCGUAUCCUUAUGCCAGAGCAUUGUUACGGCGCAAAAUUCGUCGCGAUGAACACUUUGCUGCUUUGGCUGACAUAAGACGUGGUGCUGCCAAGUAUACAAUCAGCGACUACCUCGAGUUGCCGGUUGAA